AAAGAAGAUAAAAAUAGGAAAUAAAGAAUAUAGUAAUGGUUAAAAACCCUAAACCCUUUACUGCAAAUUUUUCCCUUCGGUUUCCUCGCUUUUUUGCUCCGUCUUUCUCUUCUUCCCCAAAUCAAUUUGAAGCCAAAAUUACAAUUGUAGAUUUUCGGGUUAAAAAUGGCCAACAAUAGCUUACCACCUAACAUGGCAAAAGAACAGAUCAUGUUUAUGGCUGAGAAGGAGAUGGAAUACAGGGUCGAGUUGUUUAACAAGCUUACUCAGACAUGCUAUCGCAAAUGUGCUGAUAAAAGCUACAAAGAAUCUGAGCUAAACAUGGCUGAAAAUAGCUGUAUUGAUCGCUGUGUUUCAAAGUAUUGGCAGGUUACUAAUCUUGUGGGUCAGUUGCUCGGAACAAACCCCCCUUCCAUGUGAAUGGUGGUCACGCAUUCGCAGUAACUCAUUACCUUUGCCUGGACAAACCUGGUGAAAAAAGAAAACGAUCGGUACUGAUGUUUAUGUUCCGAAAACCAAUACUUACUGUUCCUUUAAAAUUUUGCUUCUUUUGAACUGAAACAUUCAUGUUUAUGUGCCAAGUGACACAUUUGAUCAUAAUAUUAGCUUCUGUUCCUUAAA